AGGGAAAGAGAGGGAGAGAGGAGGAAUUCAAGGAAGGUGCGAGAAUGCUCUCUCGUGGGAUAAAAUCAUCUAUGGUGCCGACUUUCAGUAGCAUUCAAUUGAUAACGUGCCUGUGGAUUGGGUGCACCCUUUGGUGCCUCGUGCAGGCCACCGAUGGCCAACAUUUUUAUCUUCAAACUCGUUACGACAAACGUGACGUUUCACGUGCGGACGUGCCAGUACGAUAUGAGCGUUCAGCGAUUUAUAAUACGAAUGGAAGAUACGGAAGAAGCGAGUCAAAGAUUUCUGAGGAACCAUCGAGACCGAUGAAAAUCGUGCCAAGAAACAACAUGUUCUUCCUUGGAAGUAGAUACGGUAAAAGAUCUCUCGAAGAUCAACAACGUGUUAUUUAUCAUUCGGAAUAUCCGUUGGAACGUUUGGAUGCUGUUCUCGAAUACGUUGACGAAGCACGUCGUGUAGCCGAAGCGAGGAAAAAUCAACGAGAUGAUUCGCGAGAGGAAGAUGAACGACAAGAUGAUUUGGUGGAAGCUGCAGCAGCAGCAGCGGCAGCAGCCGCAGCAGCAGUUAUUCCUUUUCAAUAAGCGUUCAAUCAUCUUAUCUAGAUAGUUUAUUUCUUUCAUUUACCUCAAUGAAAAUGAUCUCUUUUA